AACCCCGUACUGAUCGGCGCAGUGCUGAGCCGCGUGCUUAUGUCUCUGUCCCUCAGCUUUUAAUAGGUUCCAUUGCCUAUGAAAAGAGAAGAGAAAACAAAUUCGGUAGGUUCCUUUGAAUUACGAAGGGCUUUGACUGCUUUCGGUGAGUUCUGCGUUGCCUGACGAAGGGAAACGCCAUAGCUGUUUUGAGUCUUGCACGUGGCGAUUUUCCAGUUCCAUCUCGUGAGUGUGUCGAGCAGAGAGGUCGUGCUUCUCUCGGGAACGAAGGAUUCGCAUAUUUUUAGCAAUUUGCAAUAGGAGCUGCGUCGACUCGAAUUGCCUUCAGCUGAAUUAAUCGUGGAGUCGGUGAAUUUAGCCGCCUGGGGUGGUUGUUUAGGGGGCCGGGGGUGGAGAUGGGGCAAGCGAGAGAUCGCAGACCGGAUGCGCUGGGGGAUUUUUGUGUUCUCCCCGAUGAGUUGCUAUGUUCGAUACUCGCGGCCUUGCCCCCUCGAACUGUCGGUACUCUAGCUUGCGUGAGCAGCGUGUUUUAUAUUCUCUGCAAUGAGGAACCCUUAUGGAUGCAUAUAUGUCUCUACCAACAUCAUGGGGGAUAUUUGAACUUUGAAGGCUCUUGGCGUCAGUCAGCCCUCGUCAAGCUGGGCUACGUUAAGGCGGGAACGUCAGUUGUUAAGCCACCCCUGCGCUUUGACGGUUUCAGUUCAAUGUUCCUGUACAAACGCUGGUACCGUUGCAACAUUGCAUUAGAGAGUUUUGCUUGUGACACGGGUGUUAUUGAGCGAAGAGAGAAUCUUUCUUUGGAUGAGUUUCGUUCUACCUACGAUGGCAAGAAACCGGUCAUGAUUUGUGAUUUAACGAAAGUUUGGCCAGCUCAGAAGACAUGGACAAUGCCUCAGCUAGCAGAUAAAUAUGGGGAUGUUAGUUUCAAAGUGUCUCAAGCUCAUGGCAAGAAAAUCAAGAUGAAAUUGAAGGAUUACGCUGCAUACAUGGCUUGCCAGCAUGACGAGGAGCCCCUUUACAUCUUUGAUGCUAAGUUUGGGGAAUCGGCGCCUGAGAUGCUGGAGGAAUAUAGUGUUCCACCAUUGUUUUCAGAGGAUCUGCUUGCGGUUUUGGACAAGCCCGUUCGUCCUCCUUUCCGGUGGUUGGUUGCUGGACCUGCACGGUCUGGGGCAUCAUGGCAUGUAGAUCCUGCACUUACGAGUGCUUGGAACUCUCUUCUUUCGGGACGCAAAAGGUGGGCACUAUAUCCACCGGGAAGAGUACCACCGGCUGUCGUUGUUCACGUCGAUAAGAGUGAUGGCUCUGUGAAUUUUGAUGGGCCGACAUCUCUUCAGUGGUGGUUAGAAGUCUAUCCAACAUUGCGGGAAGAAGACAAGCCUUUCGAGUGUACACAAUUGCCAGGAGAAACUAUUUCAGUGCCGAGCGGAUGGUGGCAUUGCGUGCUGAAUAUUGAUGAUUCUAUAGCUGUAACUCAGAAUUACGUGAAUUCCACGAACUUGGAACUGGUCUGCUUGGAUAUGGCACCUGGGUUUUACCAUCGCAGCAUUGCUCGAGCAGGUCACCUGGCGAUGCAGGAGAGACCGGAAAAGCCUGCCAAGCCGAUCACAAUUGAUCAGGGACUUGAUGCCAAUUGUGUUGCUCUUGUAGAAAGGAACUUGUGCAAAUCAGAAGCAGGUGAAUUAUUAAUUGAAAAUUUGGAGCGCGAUCUCUAUGACGCAGACAGCCGCCUUUCGUGUGUUGAUGUGGAUAAUUUAGCUACACAUACAGAAAAAGAAUCGAAUCAUUUUACUUCAAGCACCAGUAAAGGCGGCUAUUUGGAUAGAAAUGUACUGCGGGAUUGGUUGCGUCGGCUAUGGAUACUCAGGCCUGACCUUCGUUCACGCCUUUGGAAGUGUGCGUGCCUCACGGUAGACGUAGAAUCCUGGCUGCAGCGAGUCAUUGCUAUUUGUAAAACUCAUGAUCUUCCAGUACCUGUUGACGAAGAGCAGCUUCCAGUUGGAAAUGGCAGUAAUCCGGUAUUUGUCGUUGGAGAUUUCGUAAUUAAGCUGUGUGUUGAAGAAGGUGGCCCCUGGUUAGCUAUCGACGGACUGCGGUCUGAGCUUCGAUUUUACUCCCUUUUAAACAAAACGGAUUCGAAAUUAAAGGACGCUAUUCCGUCUUUGGUUGCAAGCGGUAUUGUGUCUCCAGAUGGCAAGGACUACAAAGUCCAACCAUGGGAUGGGUAUGACGAUCGUUUCACAGUCAACGAGACUCAACAUAUUGGAAAGAAAAGACAUCGAAACAUAUCAGAAUUCGACAAGAGCAGAUGCAGGAUCAAAUGCUCAGAGACUGAGUUUGUAAGAGUUUCUAUUGAUGACAACAAUGAAGUCUGUGAAUAUCCUGAGAAGGAAAGCACCGAAAUGGAUGAUGAUGCCAUUUUUUGGCCAUACAUUGUUCACAAACGCUGCGAUGGCACAAACAUGGACAGUGUUAUGCAUAAAAUGACAAUUGAAGACUACGCAGCUUUAGCUAGCUUUCUUGGCGAACGAGUUCGGCAUCUUCAUUCCCUGCCUUUGCCAUCAACAUUGCCGACAACUUGGGCUCAGAAAUCCUCAAGGUCGUUUGGGCGAGAGUCCACAAAUAACACAGAAACAUCAGUCACCUCAGGACACACUGCUGAAGUUAAUGGCUCUGCAGCAAAGCAGCGUCCUGAUUCGAGCAUGUCAAUUGAAGGAGAAGAUAUUGUCGGCCGUGAAAGGAAUUUGAAAAAUGGGUACGCUGAUGGUGAUGUGAGCAAAUUGGAGGAAGUACUUGGUGACAUCCCAAAUGCAUGGGACCACUUUGUCGGAUUGAUGCGACAGCAACGUGCGAAUGCCUCAGAGCGCUUUGAAGACUGGGAAUCACUACCACCUAAGCUUUUUGAGCAGUUGGAUACAUAUCUUCCUGAAGAUCCAGCUGUUCUUGUUGGCUUGCAGAAGGUUCAAGAUGGAGUGGCUACAAGUGCAUGGUCUCCUGUAUGGCUACACAUGGAUAUUAUGACAGACAACAUUCAGAUGAUUCCUUACUCUGUUGACGAUUAUGUGCCUGGAUCAGUCAACCUCAGUCAGAUUGCCCGUGAAAACAAGGACACUUCUGAACGAGUGAUGCAAGCUCGAUAUAUUCUGGACUUUGGGGAUGUGACGCUUGGGGACCCUUUAUAUGAGUUUUUGGCUAUGCAUGUGAGCGUUUUCAAGCUGGAACCACUCUUGUUGAAAAUUGCAUUGAAGUCGUACGGUCUUCCCCUGAGCAUUCCCAACACGACGAGCAAUGGAUCAAAUAAAGAUUUUACUCGGACAUCGUAUAGAGCCAUGUGCUACUGUCUGCUACAUGAGCAUGACGCCAUGAGCGCUAUUUUUAGGCAACGCAAAGACUGUAGAAAUGCAGACUCUCUUGAAGAGUUAGAAGAGAAGCUUUUGGGUUUUCUAAAUGAGUGGAACCCUGAAGCACCGUGGAAGUUGGAUUCCGUGUUUGAUUGAAUGCUUACAAGGUUAUCUUCAGACCAUUAGCCUAGUCAGUAGCAAUUCAUAAUUGAUUCAUAUCAAAAUUGUGACAGUCCUUUUGUAACAUAAUAUUGAUUCAGCAACUAGCUUAGUUCGCGGUGUUGCACCAUAAAAUUUCGUCUUUCUGAUUUUUCGAA